AUGUUCAUCGCGUCGCUGUACUCCGACUACUACAAGAGGCUGUGGUCGUGGUACUCCACGCCGCACGUGGCGAAGGGCGGCGGCGCGACAAGGGUAAGCGUGUUCCAGCGGACACACGAGGAGCGGCAGGCGACUGAGAACCUGGCGCACAACCAGAAGGCGCUCAUGGAGAUAUACUUGCUCAGCUUCUCCGAGGAGCUGGUCACAUCCGGCCUUUCCACGUUUGGGUACGUCAGCAGCGGCCUCGCCGGCAUCCGGCCAGCAAUCCUGCUCACCGCGUUCAACCACAUGGUUCCUGAGACGCCGUGCCAGCGGGCAGUGUCCAUGGAGCCCUGCAACCUCACGCCGCCCCAGGGCCUCAAGUGCCGGGACAAGCCCGCUAACGAGGAGGACCUAGCACGCCAUAUCAAGGUCUGCGAGGAUUUCAAGGAUGGGGUCAAGUUUUUUGACUAG